GGAAGAAUAUCACGCGCUGGAUUCUUGAAGGCCUUUAGGCUUCCAUGGGAUGGGGGUAAAGCGAUCCCAUUCCCAUUUCCACUCCUAUUGUCUGCCUCCAAGACCAAGACAACAGUUUAGUUCUUUGGUGCACCGCCUCUACAUGCAAGCAAGCAGUUUUAAAUACGAGGCUCUCGCUUGUUACUGAAGCUGCGGCUUCUUGUGCCUUGGAGUUGGAACCUGCCAUUGGGGGCUUCUCUACAAAUACGUUGCGCGCCAUGGACGGGGACUCGAAGAAGCUGAGGUAAAAACAGGUGCAUGCAGCAGGACCCGGACCUCGAUCUGCUGAAGGGUUUGAUCUUAAUUUCAUCUUAUGUGGCUGGCUUCGGAUUGUUUUUCUUUUCCGUGUCAUAUUGUAACUGGGAUUUGGUGGUUCUGAAAUCUUCCUCCGUAAAGGUUGAGGUGAAAAAAGGGUUCGGUUUCCUGGAGUAGCAAAGGGAGGUAGAGGUGGACGCCAGGGUUCAGCGAUACCACCGCAAGAAAGCACGCCUAUUGGAAGAGCAGAAAUGAACAGCAGUGGAGAAUAUGAUGCUGCAUUCGCGGCCACAAUUGCAGCAGCAGCAUUUGCAAUUGCUGCCCGUGAAGAGAAGCUUGCAACUCAGAAGAAGACUGUCCCCAUCGAGGAGGUGCCCCCAGCCCUGUCGCCAGCCAAGAGAGGUGAAAGCACCAAAAAACCUGCUGGAGCCAACAAAAUCGCAAGAUGGUUUAGUGGCAAGGAGCCUCUAGAACACGACGAUGACGGUCCAGUUAACGUAUCGGUGAGGAGGCCACUGAAACCAGCACCUGGAAAGCCUGAGGAUAUGCCUGCAGAUCACAAGGUGGCACCCAAGAUGCUUGAAACUUCUCUGAGUGUGAAGAAGGGUUCAGGAUCCUCCAGCAAGUCAGCAGACAGGAAAGGGAGCAAGAAGUUUGAGCAAGAACAGGCUGUUCAGAAAGCGCCAUCGGCCGUCAGGCCAGCCACCUCAUAUCAUUCUAGACGGAAUGGAGAAGACGCAGCAGGAGUAACUGCUAUUGGCGGCACGGGAUCUAAGGCUGAUGAAUGGGAGAAGGCAAAGCUUGCAAGAGUUAGAGAAGAGUAUGAAAAGAUGAUGGAGACCAUAGCUGAAUGGGAAACUGAGAAGAAGGUGAAGGCGAGACGCCAAAAAGAACAGAAAGAGACUGAGCUGGACAGAAAGAGAGCAAAAGCACUAGAAGAAUACAACCAGGAGAUGACAAGGAUCAACAAAAUUGCUGGAGGAGCAAGGUCAAUGGCAGAGGAACGAAAAUACAACGAUGAGAAUAAGAUCAAAGAGAAGGCACGCAAGAUACGAUCCACAGGAAAGCCUCCCCGCACAUGUGCUUGCUUUUGAGAAUAGUUCUUAUAUAUACGCUGAAAUUUGGAACCGAAUGAAAGACGUGUGAUUUGAACAGUUGGAGAAGGCACACAAUAGUGACGUACUGUAUUGUAAUAUAUAUGUAUUUGGCUUUGACAAGUUAUGUAUGUAGAGUUAUAUUUCCCCUUCAGAAAGAAGAAAAGAGUUGUAUCCAACAUGCAACAUAGCAUCCCACUGAAAACAACGUCACCAUAUUUAAA